CCGAGCGGAGGAGGAGGAGACCAGCCUGGGAGACGAGAGGCGUCGGGACAGUGAGGAGCCGGGAGGAUUGCUUGUUGGAAGGGAUCUGAGGGCUGUGUGGAUCUUCUCGUGUCCCUCUGACGUCCUUACGCAGCUCGCAAAGUCAAUGAGGGAGACGCAGUGCGCUCCGAAGGCUCUGUAGCUUCAGCCUGCAGCCGGGAUGGAUCCCAACCAGAGCGUCAAGUGUAAAAUAGUCGUGGUGGGAGACAGUCAGUGUGGAAAAACUGCCUUACUGCACGUUUUCGCUAAAGACUGCUUUCCAGAGAAUUACGUCCCCACUGUGUUUGAGAACUACACCACCAGUUUUGAAAUUGACACACAGAGGAUAGAGCUAAGUCUUUGGGAUACUUCAGGUUCACCCUACUAUGACAAUGUACGACCUCUCUCCUACCCUGAUGCUGAUGCGGUCCUCAUCUGCUUUGACAUCAGCAGACCAGAGACUUUAGACAGUGUGCUGAAGAAGUGGAAAGGAGAAAUUCAGGAAUUUUGUCCCAACACCAAAAUUCUGCUGGUUGGAUGCAAGUCAGACCUCCGAACAGACCUGAGCACGCUGGUGGAGCUGUCCAAUCACAGACAGACACCAGUGUCAUAUGAUCUGGGCUCCAACAUGGCAAAGCAGCUGAGUGCUCCCUACAUCGAGUGCUCUUCCCUCCAGUCUGAGAACAGCGUCAGAGACAUUUUCCAUGUGGCCACGCUGGCCUGUGUCAACAAGAACAACAAGAACGUGAAACGCAGCAAGUCCUCCAGGGCCACCAAGAGGAUCUCUCACAUGCCCAGCAGGCCUGAACUGACAGCAGUAGCACCUGACCUGCGCAAGGAUAAGGCCAAGAGCUGUACAGUUAUGUGAUUGGAAUAAUUUACCAAGACUGCUGUGGACAGUAUAGGGGCAAGAAACAGGGAAUGGGCACAACGCAUAGAGUCAUUCCCAUGUGCCAAGUAGAGAGAUAAUGUGCUGCUCUGCACUUUAAAUCAUCUGUAUUGCCCUUGGUUUGGAUAUGCUCCAAGUCUCUGAAGCAAGUUGCCCUUACACAGUGCCACAGGAGGAGUGCACAACUAGCUGGAAAAGCUCUGAGAGGAGGAAAACCGGAGCCAAUCGAUUUUCUGUCUUGUGAUGCCAGACUUGCUCUGUGUUGAUUACAAUAAGGCAGUAGUGGGAGAUGUGUCUAUCCUAGCUUGGUUUUUUGUUUUCCUCAUCCAGUUUCCUCAGAAAUGACAUUACACUCCUUUCUGGUCUAAAACAGUCAGACAAAAACAGUGUCAUUUUUAACUUCUGCCAUCCAAAAAAAUGUGAAGAUGGUGGAGGAGGUUUUGCCAGUGCGAUGGUUGCUCUUAAAAAGAAAAAAGCCUGCAAGAGACUACUGCUGUGUUCUUCCUCUGGUGAAAUGUAUGCAGAAGACAGAUGGAUCUCUAGCACUUACAGAUGGGGAAGCGACAGAAACACUGUGGUUCAGGUUGCCUGUCCCAUUUGGAGUCUCCUUUCUCUUCCUUUUUGUUACUGCCUUGAUGCAUUUGCCAAAUGGAAAUGGGAUAUUUGUGUUGUUUGAUGCUGUUGCACACUGUCACUCAGAUCUCAAAGCCUUCUUUUAAAUGUGCUCUCCUUCUUUUUGCAUAUCACUCUGAAACGGACUGAACCUCAGCAUAGUCCAAUCCAGUUGUUUUUGUCAGUCUGACUUUUGUUUUCACAACCAAAGAAAAGCUUGCCAGAAGUUUGCUGAUUGUGGAAAAUGCCUAGAGAUGCAGCUCAUGUCAACUUUGGGUUGAGAUCGAUGCUAUCAUCACCUGUGUGGCUGAGCUCUAGUGACAUCCACAUUCUUUACUACUAGGCUGAUUUGUCACAUGUCAUCUGUGUGACCCCAGCGUCAUGCAGAAGCUUGUGUCAGACCUUGGAAUUUCAACAGGAAGUGAGACUGCCUGAGCCUGAGCAGCUGUUGUUCAGAAAAGCCGUGCACGAUCACCUCCAGUUCACUGUCGGCUAUGCAAUACACAUAUUUUGGCCAUGGUCUGGAAUGACUGUCUGCUUUUUCAUGCCCUUCUGGAGGUGAUGUUGUAGAGUGGGAUAGUGCUGGCAAAAAGUUGAUAUUUUUGAUUUUUUUCUCCUCCUUAGUCCAGUCUCUUGGAGCUAUCUUAUGCACAUUACUCAAUGUAUGAUCUCCAGCGUGUAAAGCGUGUUUGGCAAGUUAAAGAUGAAGUCCACCCUUGAACUCACACUUUUUAUCUCUGUGAUUGUGGACAGUUCAACCAGUGCUUGAACACCCACUCAAAUUUAGAAUCCAUUACAUGUAGCCUUGAUUGUUUUUAGCCUUUAUUUCUAACUUUGGGAGGGAUGUUCAUGAACAAAAAGCAUGAUUCAGCUGUCUAUGUAUCAAAGGGGGGGUUUCACUUUAAUGGACCUUACCAGAGAUUUUGAAUGUCUGGCCUGUUUACUACAAUUUCCCCACAUUUUACAUUGCAGCAAACCAUUCUGCAGAUCAUAGAGAGAUUUCAAAACAUAAAAUCAAAAUCCCUCGUUUUUCAAAUAUGAAUUUUUGGUUGAAACAGCCACCUUUAUAAUGUUCCGCUUCUGCGGCUAACAAAGUCAACACCAUUUAUAAACCACAGAACUAAUAAUAGGCCAGAUAAAGCAAAUGUUUCCCCAGGGACUGUUUUCUGGUGGUGAUACCACCAUUUCACUUGACCCAAUCUGAAAUAUGAGAAUAAAUUUUCAUAUUGUAGUAGAAUGAAUAGAAACCAAUGGAUAAAAUGUGAGGAAAAUGAUAUGGUAAUUACAAAAUACACCUGCUUACGUGGAAAAGAUUAGCAGAAAUGUCAAGUAUAUACAUUUUGUAGAUAUUAGGCUAUGAAAUCAUAUAAAAUCAUAUAAAACAUAUAAAAUCAUUGGUAUGGUCCACUUAAAUUGUUAACAAAGUGGUUUGGGAGCAGAAAUGAAAAUAGUUUUUAGUAAGAGCUAAUGUGGAGGUAGAGACUGAGGUCUGUCAAACUGCUCCAAAACCCCACUAGAUGUCAUAUCAAACAGUUGCAACUUUAGGAUUCUGUUCAUUCAAAGUCUCAUUUUCUGAAUAUUCCCAAAGGCAGUAUUACCACCUACUGUAUGCUCUCUACGAAAAUAUUGAACUUUGAGAAGGUGUUAGCUGUAGAACAUAAGUUUGUUUUUUGUUUUUUUGAACGUUAGUCUAUUUGUAUGUCUGUAUAAUUGAUGUUUCCACAAUAUUUAUUGAAGUUCUAUAUUUUUUCCCUUGAAAAUAAAGUUUGUUGUACAGUGAAAUGAAUUCA